CCCUCAAUUUCUCUAUCUCGUCUAUGUGAUCGGUUCAAACAAAGAAUGGCAAGCUCUGCUUCUGCAAUGGCUGGUCUGCAGCUUAAGAGUAACUUUACCAAUUCCUCCAUCACCCGAGCCCUUGUUGUCCCCAAGGGUCUCUCUUCUUCUCCAUUGAAGUUCAGAAGGUCUUCCUUCACCAUUAAAGCUAUCCAGGCAGACAAGCCCACAUACCAAGUGAUUCAACCCAUUAAUGGUGACCCAUUCAUCGGAAGUCUAGAGACCCCAGUGACUUCAAGCCCGCUGAUCGCUUGGUAUCUGUCGAAUCUCCCAGCCUACAGAACCGCCGUGAACCCACUUCUCAGGGGAGUAGAGGUGGGUCUGGCACAUGGGUAUUUCUUGGUAGGUCCGUUUGUGAAGGCUGGGCCACUGAGAAACACUGAGAUUGCUGGGGCAGCUGGAUCUCUAGGGGCGGCGGGGCUGGUGGUGAUAUUGAGCAUCUGCUUGACAAUAUAUGGGAUAUCAUCGUUCAAGGAAGGGGAACCAUCUAAGGCACCGACGUUGACAUUGACAGGGAGGAAGAAGGUGCCUGAUCAGCUGCAGACGGCUGAUGGUUGGGCAAAGUUCACCGGUGGGUUCUUCUUUGGUGGGAUUUCUGGUGUUGUUUGGGCUUAUUUCUUGCUCUAUGUUCUUGACCUUCCUUACUACAUUAAAUAGAGUGUGUUGAAUUACUUACAUACGAGUACUUGCAUGGAUGUAAUUAUUUUAUCAAGGAGCAGACCAAAUGGGGAAUUGUAUGUAUUCUCUUUUCAUGACUCAAAUAUGUUAUCAUAUAUAUCCAAUGCCUCCUCUCUCAA